GCGAAACGUCAUCUCUAAGCGACUAAAUCCAAAUCUUUGGCGUUACAAGCAUGGCUGGAACUGAAACAGAGAAGAAGCCGGUAUUGGAGAUGGUCCAAGCAGACGGUGCUGAUGAAGGCUGUGUGACAUUCGUCCUACAUGAAGAGGACCACACGCUGGGGAAUUCACUCAGAUACAUGGUCAUGAAGAAUCCUGAAGUGGAGUUCUGUGGCUACAGCAUUACACACCCAUCUGAGAGCAAAAUCAACUUCCGCAUACAGACACGAGGAGAUCUUCCAGCGACCGAACCCCUGCGUAAGGGCUUGAAUGACCUCACUGAUGUCUCUAAACAUGUCCUGCAAACAUUCGAGGCAAAAGUGAAAGACUUCAGAGAACAGCAAGGAGAGGCCAUGGAAUAAACCAGACAAAGUAAAUUGGCAACGCUGCAUCUGAUGCUGGACUGAUAUUUGUAGAAAGCCUGGAAACCCACUCCUUUUGAGGAUUUAUUCACACAAAUUCCAGGUGUAUGUUCAGUGAUGACCAGGUUCUUACAGCAUGCUGUUCCAAACAAACCACAGCACUGGCAACGUAGUGUGAUAUCUUUUAUUGCAGAAUAAAUGACAAUAAGCAGGUAUAAUAUAAAAGCAUUGUUAAUAAUUAAAAAAUAAAAUCCUUCUAUGAGGAAUGAAAAUAUACACAA